UGGUCAACCUGACCAAACAUGCUACAAAUUCAUGACUAGAAUUUCAACAAGGAUUAUUGAAUGGUCUGAUGUAAUCCAGUGCUAACUGUUAUAUUCUGUUUUGUUGAUCAGGUGGCAAUCAAGUUUGCCAGAAAAAUGGAGGGCAUGGAAUAUCUCUACGUUCCUGGCCUUCCAGAACUUGUACCACUUGAAAUCGGCCUCACACUUAUGGCAAACAAGGGUCCCAGCUCACCCAACAUAAUCGAUCUGCUGGAUUGGCAGGACUUUCCAGACCAUUAUAUAAUGGUCCUGCAGCGCCCUUCACCAUGCCUGAGUGUGUUCAAGCUGUUGGAGAGCUGUGGCAACAUCUUUGAAGAAAGGUUUGCUCGGUAUGUGAUGCGCCAGGUUAUCGAGGCAGCUGAGACCUGCUGCCGGCGCGGAGUAUUCCACAGAGAUAUAAAAUUGGAGAACUUGAUAGUCAACACACACACCCUGGAUGUCACACUGAUUGACUUCGGCUGUGGGAACCUGUUCCACGAAACAGAGUACCACACUUUUAGUGGUAUGUACAGUAUUAAAACUUUAGUGUCAUGACACACAAGCUGCUGAAUACAGUAAAAACAAACUGUUGUAACUCAGACAUGCAAAUCUCUUUCCUCCAGGCACAGAGAUGUACUGCCCUCCAGAGUUUUUUGAAACGGGCAAAUACUUAGCACGGCCAGCAACCGUGUAUUCGCUUGGAGUGCUGCUAUACACUAUGGUGUGUGGAUAUAUGCCAGACUACACGGAUCGGGAAAAGAUGCAGCACUGGCUGUGGUAUCUGCCGUCCUUGUCCUGUGGUAAGAACUUGAAAAAAUUGUAACAAUCAUACAAAAAAGUGUCUGACAAAGCCACUUGGCUCAGCUGUCCAAAAUGCCAUCAGGAGAUGUAAAGGAUGUUUAAAGUAAUAGUCAAACAUUAAUCCUGUCUUUCAGAAUGCAGUCAUCUCAUAAAUGCCUGUCUGCAUCCCGAUCCCAGCGAGAGGAUACAACUGGAGCAGAUCCUCCUCCACGACUGGUUUACGAUCUCACCAUCAGACAUGGAGGAUGAGCGCCCGGUCCUGGUCAUGCAGGAAGAGCUGAUUAGCCAGGCAUGCUAACACCAGUGGCCUCACCACCUCUCCAAUCCUCUGCUUCUUGCUAAUGUCUGGUGUCAGAGCUUGAGGCAGCAAUAUUUGCGUCUUGCGGUGUCGCUGCCAAAAAUGUAUUGUUGAAUUGAAAUAAAAUUGUGUCAAUUGAACU